UCUACAUAACAGCCAAGGGGUAGAGUAACAACACCCCCCAUACUAGUAUUUCUAGAAUCUGAUUCGAUAUGACUUUCCUCUGAUUCGCCUCUCCAUGUCAUACGUAUCAAAUGGCGGCUCAGCUAUCAGUUUUCCGUUGUCAUUAUUGGUUCACCGAACCUCUAGAUUGGGUACCGGCGAAUGAAGUCUCAGACUUUAAGUCAUGGUAAACGUGGAUUGCCACCCAACUAAGGUGUAGAAGUGCAGCACUUGUUCUACUCGUUUACGACACAGCUUAAGCCAUCGUUUGCUUUUCUCACCAUUGUCUCAGUAAUUCAACUCGAAAGCUUUAAGACUUAGCAUUUCUCUUUCCUGGUCUCGGCAACCCAACUGUUAAUAGCUGAGUCGACGUGUAGCUAUACCCAUCAUUGCCCCAGAUACCUAUGUGAAAUACCAACUUGGCGGUACCAUUUGUUAAAGUUAGGUACGGAAUUAAGGGGGGAGUUUUGACAUCAUGGCUCCAAUUGCCAUCUCCCCCGAAAGAGACCAGGCGCUGCCAGGUGGGGAACCCGGACUAACCGCGGUGUACGAUGAUACCAUUCGUUUCUUCCUUAAUGGUACCCGUGUGGUUCUCGACGAGAUCGACCCGGAAGUUACGCUGCUUGAGUACUUAAGAGGAAUAGGGUUAACUGGAACAAAACUGGGUUGCGGUGAAGGCGGGUGCGGCGCCUGUACAGUCGUAGUGAGCCAGUAUAACCCGACAACCAAGCGGAUAUAUCAUGCUAGUGUUAACGCCUGCUUGGCACCACUCGCAAGUGUAGACGGCAAGCACGUUAUCACAAUUGAAGGCAUAGGAAACGUUAAGCAACCCCAUCCAGCACAAGAACGUAUUGCCAAGGGCAACGGAAGCCAAUGCGGAUUUUGCACUCCGGGAAUUGUUAUGAGUUUGUACGCUCUGUUGAGAAAUAACGAGAGCCCUACAGAGCAUGACAUCGAAGAAGCUUUCGACGGUAACCUCUGCCGAUGUACCGGUUAUCGCCCCAUCUUAGACGCCGCUCAGACCUUUAGCGCCGGAAGUGCGUGUGGUAAAAGCAUUGCGAAUGGCGGCUCAGGUUGUUGUAUGGAAAAUGGUGACGGUUCCAAAGGUGCGAAUGGAGGGUGCUGUAAGAGUAAAGAUCUCAGCGAUGGACAGCCCAUCAAGAAAUUCACACCGCCAGGAUUUAUCGAAUACAAGCCGGACACCGAACUCAUCUUUCCGCCAUCGCUGAAGAAACAUGUAUUUAAGCCUCUGUCCUUUGGAAAUAAACGGAAGAAGUGGUAUCGACCCGUUACGCUAGAACAGUUGUUGGAAAUAAAGAGCGUCUACCCCAACGCGAAGAUCAUCGGUGGGAGUACGGAAACGCAAAUCGAGAUCAAGUUUAAGGCUCUACAAUAUCCGGUUUCGGUAUUCGUCGGAGAUAUCCCCGAGCUGCGGCAGUAUUCUUUCAAGGAUGACCACCUCGAAAUCGGCGGGAACGUCGUGCUCACUGACCUUGAGAAUAUCUGCCAAGAAGCCGUUAAGCAUUACGGAGAAGCAAAGGGCCAAGUAUUCCAAGCUAUGUACAAGCAACUCAAGUACUUUGCUGGACGGCAAAUCAGAAAUGUCGGUACCCCUGCUGGGAAUUUAGUUACAGCCUCGCCCAUUUCUGAUUUAAAUCCCGUAUUCAUGGCAGCAGACUGCGUUCUGGUCGCUAGAUCUCUGAAUAAAGAGACCGAACUACCUAUGGCAUCAUUUUUCAAGGGUUAUCGCAGAACAGCCUUAGAACAAGACGCAAUUCUUGCAUCUAUCCGCAUCCCCGUAACUCGCGAGAAGGGAGAAUAUUUCAGAGCCUACAAGCAGGCAAAACGCAAGGAUGAUGAUAUUGCUAUUGUUACGGGAGCAUUACAUGUCAGACUAGACCAAAAAGGUGUCGUUGAACAUUGUAAUCUGGUUUAUGGCGGCAUGGCUCCUUCUACUGUCGCAGCAAAGAAAGCCAACGACUAUCUCAGGGGCAAAUUAUUCGCCCAUCCCGAUACGCUAGAAGGUACUAUGAAUGCACUCGAGUCCGAUUUUGAUCUCGUAUUUAGUGUUCCCGGAGGCAUGGCUUCGUAUCGGAAGUCGCUGGCCCUAGGCUUCUUUUACCGAUUCUAUCACGACGUGCUGUCGGGUAUCAAUACGGAAUGUGAACAUGGUGAUAGUCAAGCCGUUGAGGAGCUCGAAAGAGCGUUAUCAUCUGGUUGGAAAGACCAUGAGGCAACUUCCGAAUACAUUAAAGGGCCCUUAGGAAAAGCUGAUAGCCACGUAGCGGCUCUGAAGCAGACUACAGGGGAAGCGCAAUAUACAGACGAUAUCCCGCCGCUCAAGAACGAACUACACGCAUGCCUAGUGUUGUCUACGAGGGCGCACGCAAAGAUCAAAUCAAUUGAUUAUACUGCUGCAUUGGAUAUCCCAGGUGUAGUAGAUAUCGUUGAUAAAAGCGACUUACACAAUCCUGAGCACAACAAAUGGGGUGCGCCUAAUUUUGACGACUUGUUCUUCGUCGAAGAUGAGGUUUUCACUGCCGGCCAGCCAAUUGCCGUCGUAUUAGCUACCUCGCAGGCAAGGGCAGCACAGGGAGUCAGGGCCGUGAAGAUCGAGUACGAAGAUCUCCCCGCCAUUUUCACUAUUGAAGAGGCAAUCGAAAAGGAGAGUUUUCACAAAUACUUUAGAUAUAUCAAGAAGGGAGACACGGAAGAGGCCUUUAAACAUUGCGAUUAUACCUUUACAGGUGUCGCGCGAAUGGGAGGUCAAGAACACUUCUACCUGGAAACAAAUGCGUGCUUGGCUAUACCCAAACCCGAAGAUGGUGAGAUGGAAAUUUGGACCAGCAGUCAAAAUCCCACCGAAAGCCAAGCGUACGCAUCUAAGAUCCUUGGUGUACAGUCAAAUAAAGUGGUAGCUCGCGUCAAGCGCCUUGGUGGCGGCUUCGGCGGGAAGGAAACCAGAUGUGUCCAUCUUAGCACCAUUUGCGCAUUGGCUGCGCAAAAGGCUAAGCGGCCUGUCAGAUGUAUGCUCAACCGAGAUGAGGAUAUGGUAUUAUCUGGCCAGCGGCACCCUUUUCUCGCUAAGUGGAAAGUGGGUGUGAAUAAAGACGGCAAACUCCAAGCUCUCGACAUGGACGUCUUCGCUAAUGCUGGCUGGUCGUUCGACUUGAGUCCCGCCGUGUGCGAACGCUCUCUAAGCCAUAGCGACGGCUGCUACAAAUUCCCAAACGUUCACGUUCGCGGGCGGCUAUGCAAGACCAACACCAUGUCUAACACGGCCUUCCGCGGCUUUGGUGGUCCCCAAGGCUUAUUCUUCGCCGAGUGCUACAUGUCUGAAGUUGCCGACCGUCUCGGUAUACCAGUUGAGAGGUUCCGGGAAAUCAACUUUUACAAAGCCAACGAGGAGACUCACUUUAACCAGCCCCUUCAAGACUGGCACGUACCUCUAAUGUAUAAGCAGGUCCAGGAGGAAUCGGACUACGCCGCCCGCCGCAAGGCCGUCGAGGUAUUCAACGCAGAACAUAAGUGGCGUAAACGGGGGUUGGCGCUAAUUCCCACGAAAUUUGGCAUCUCCUUUACUGCUCUUUGGUUGAACCAGGCCGGGGCCUUGGUGCAUAUCUAUCACGACGGAUCGGUCCUAGUCGCGCAUGGCGGUACAGAGAUGGGCCAGGGGUUGCAUACUAAGAUAAUCACGAUCGCAGCGCAGGCGCUCCAGGUACCGAAAGAGGACGUACACAUUUCGGAGACGUCUACUAUGACGGUGGCAAACACGUCCCCUACGGCCGCCUCGGCGUCGUCCGAUCUGAAUGGUUAUGCCGUCUGGAAUGCCUGUGAACAGAUCAAUGAACGGCUUGCGCCGUAUAGGAAGAAGUUGGGGCCUCAAGCUACUAUGAAGGAGCUUGCCCACGCAGCCUAUUUUGACCGUGUGAACCUGAGCGCCAAUGGAUAUUAUAGGACACCAGAAAUUGGGUACACGUGGGGCGAGAAUACUGGAAAGAUGUUCUUCUACUUUACUCAAGGCGUUAUAGCGGCAGAGGUUGAAGUUGACUGUCUAACCGGUACCUGGACGUGCUUGCGGGCCGAUAUCAAGAUGGAUGUAGGGCGGUCGAUCAACCCGUCAAUCGAUUACGGUCAAAUCGAGGGCGCAUUCACACAAGGACUAGGCCUGUUCACCAUGGAGGAGAGUCUAUGGCUGCGCAACGGUCCGAUGGCGGGUAACUUAUUUACAAAGGGGCCGGGCGCAUAUAAGAUCCCAGGAUUCCGCGACAUACCCCAGGUCUUCAACGUCAGUUUGCUCAAGGGCGUAACAUGGGAGAACCUACGCACCAUCCAGCGUAGCAGGGGUGUUGGCGAACCGCCCUUAUUCAUGGGCAGCGCGGUAUUCUUUGCGAUCCGUGACGCGCUCAAGGCAGCACGUGCGGACUACGGGGUGAAGGCUAAGCUGUUUGCCCAAGGAGGCGAAGACGACGGAUUGUUAAGGCUCGAGAGCCCAGCUACUCCCGAGAGGAUCAGGCUUUCGUGUGUCGAUCCUAUAAUGGAGCGGGCUAGAGUGAUACCGAAGGAAGGAGAGAAGAGUUUCUUCGUUGCUAUUUAGGGGUGUGGAGGUAUUCGAGAUUGUAGGUCUCCAGACGAGCAUGAUGAGAUGAACAUACGUAGCGUUGUUAGCUUGCGUUCUUAUUAUUUAGGCCAAGUAUUGAGCUUUAUGUUGCAUAGUUGGCACGGGCAGUAAAUCAAUGAAUUAGAUUGGAGUCUUCUUGAUUUAUAUAAUUUCUGACUGACCCCUUUUAUAUUAUAUUAUUUUCCCGCGUGAUAAUAAGA